GUUGUGCUACACUUCAACAGCCCAUUGGAAAAAUGGGCCCAUACUUGGAAUCUUCCUAUCAAGCUUCCGACAAAAGAGGAGCAAUCUGCGCUGGUAACCUACAAGAAUCUUCCAGAUACGACAUACACGCAAGGUCAGCAGGCGCCUGCUGCUGUUGAACAGCCAGAACAACCACAGCAGCAACCGCAACCAGUAGCCGAUCAAGGCUACAUGGAUCCCAACUCCAGCUGGGAUCCAAAUGCCGCGUGGGGAGAAAAUAACGCUGCAGCUCCACCCACUAACAACUACGCUAGCAAUACCUUCGAUCCAAAUGCAGGGUGGGACGGACAACAGAACUACGGAUACGACGACCAGUAUGGACAGGAUCCAGCGAAUGCUACGCAGCAACCUCCGGCUCAACCAGUGGCACAAACAACGACUACCGUAACCACCGGAGCUGUUCAACCGACUGUCGAUGACUAUUACAAGCCGAAGGAACCUCGGCCACAGGAAUCGCACAAUCCACUGCUGAAACCGACCGAAGGAGGACCGCUCAAGCUGGUCGGCUGGUACAUCGUUUAUCCGAUCCACUACACGGCGCGCAAGACUAUGCCCGACUGCAAAACGGAGAAGUAUAAAAACUGGUAUCCUUUCACCUUCCUCGUCUCCAUGAUAUGGAUUUCCUUCUACUCAUACUUCAUGGUGUGGAUGAUAACGAUUAUCGGCUCGACCCUCGGCAUCCCUGAUACCGUCAUGGGACUAACGUUCGUAGCAGCCGGUGUUUCCGUCCCGGACGCCCUUAGUUCCAUUGCGGUCAUCAAGGAAGGUUACGGUGACAUGGCCGUCUCCAAUGCCGUCGGUUCCAACGUGUUCGACAUUCUCAUCUGUCUCGGUUUGCCCUGGUUCAUUCAGACGGCCAUCAUCAAACCGGGCUCGCAUGUCAAUGUCAUCAGCAAGGGCCUGACCUACUCGACGUUGUCGUUAUUGUCCACCGUCGUAUUCCUGCUGGUCGCGACCCACAUGAACGGCUGGAAGCUGGACAAACGGCUCGGUAUCGUCCUGAUGGUGUGGUACCUGAUCUUCAUCACCAUUGCCUCGCUGUACGAGCUCAACUACUUCGGCCAGCUGAACCCACCGGAGUGUCCCAGCAUCUACUAAUCGCCGAACGUGUACGGUUCCAGCCGUCAUCCGUCAAUUCACCAUCAUCCUAUCUUUCUCUUCCUGAUGCACUCUGUCCAGACUCGCACACACCCAAGCGCUCACAGAUCUAUCUCUCCCCCCCAAAGCCAUUGCAGAUCGAUUAAUCUGAAAAGCUGUAUCCCAGUGUUCCCUGUUGUUCUGUUUUCUAGGCUAAGCAGAAUUGUCAAUCCGCGGGGUGCACCGAACUUCCGUAUCGCGUCUCGCUCUUACCUGUAUGUCUCUGUCUGUCCCUGAGUGUGUGCGUGGUCACGCGGCGCGGGUAUCCCACAAACUACGACGAACGGUACGUCCUUAAACCAACCUAUUGUUCUUCUCUCACUUUGCAACUCCAUCACGCGCACUCACACUGACUUGUGUAUUCCAUUGAACGAACACCAACUGUAUUGACCACUACCACUACCACCACCACCGAAACCGGAUGAGGUCUAGUUCACCGCGGUUACCGGUGGUUUAUCGUUCCGUUCCAACUUGACCGAAUGCUUCCUUGUUUACCACUUUGUUAGAAUUUUGUUACAACAUUGUGUUUUCCAUUUAUGUUUUCGAUCUUUUCUUUACCGUUAGAAUUAUUGUAGCUCAAAGUUCCAGGGGAACUAACCUACUGCAGUAGUGGACGUCUGCCUUCUUGAAUCUCAGUUUUGUUGCCGUAGAUCGUAGUAGACUAGCGAUAGAUUUUGUUGCGACGCAUUUGCUUCGGCCCGUUAGUACCAAUCUCGCGCGAAUGGUGCUAACGGUCGACUCAAUUGACCGUUCUCGUCAAGUAUGAAGACGCACAUUUUAAACUUUUAUUUGAAGUAUUUAUUCUUGAUGAUUGCAGACGCUACCCAACCAUUUUUUCAAGCGCUCUUUACUCUUGGAAAUGUCUGAAAACUGUUUUUACACGCGCUCUUUUGGGUAAUCAGAUUUCAAUUUUUUGUGUAACAAACCGACGCGUGUAUAAAAAAGAACUGAGAACGUUUGCCAUCACUAAGAACUAUAGUGUUUGUAUGAAAGCAUUGAAAUGUGUAUUCGUUUGACGAGAAUAUUUUAGUUUUUAGAGUUUUGUUAAGUUUUACAUAACCUAACGCACUCCGAUGUAACGCCCCAUACAAAAUGUCACCACUUAUAACUGCGUAAUCUGUAAAUACACUCUGUGUAAAAGACGACAGAUAAGAGUAAGCGAAACAGAACAAUUAUAAACACUCUAAUUCGAAAACGAUUGGCAAUGAAAAUGUAAAACCGUGUACAAUGUAAAUUAGCUUGAAGAUACAAAACAAAAGAUCUGCUAUUGUUCGAGCAAACUCUCUGUCGUCGUGUUGAAUACUAUAUUUAGCUAUACAUCUACUAGAUGCUAGUACCUAUAAUCGAGUAAGUAUACAUAUUACUAUAAACAAAGAAAUGCAAACAAAACAGUAUGCUUCUUACUGACUAGUCUGAAACUUUGUUGAAACUGACAAUAUUUCUUCGGGUAGGUUUUAUUUUACCUUAAAUCUUAGCGAAGUACGAGUUAUCUCCUUUUAUUGUUGAAAACAAAUACUAUCUCCAAGUUGAAAUCGUGUCGAUCCUACUAAAGUGGGAAGUUAGGUCUAAUGAUAAUCAUGUUUUUGUUAUUACUAUUCGUUGCUUUUUUUAGUUAAGUAAACUGAUACUAGAACUAGAUGAGACGCAAGUCCAACUGAAAUUCAACCCAGAACAGCGAAUAUUGAACAAAACAUUAGCAAAGACAGAAGAAGUUUACAUAAGAAGUAUUUAAAUAUAUAGAUAUAUUUACCAAAGAAGAUUACCAAACGGCGUAUAGCAAGUGUAACGUUAAGUCAAAAACAACCUUAUCCUAUUUAGAUCGUUAUCGAUUGAUGAAAAGCAACCAACAAAACUUAUUUACUGUACAGUCAUUGCGCAAUUAUGAGUCACCUACAAUCAUGGGUCAUUUCCGUUCGAAUAACACGGCGAAUUGAUUGACUAAUGACAGAUAGACCCAUAAGUGUGUAAAGACUGUACUAAAAUCUCAACAAAAACAAAAAUAAUCCUUUGGUCAAUCGUACUGAAUGUCAAUGUUCUAUUUACACAAAAACUCACUACCAUUCUCAACUAUGUAUUUCGAUCGAAUAGUUACAAAUCACUGCAGACUGUGUACUGUCAAAACAACCCAAGCUGAACAUUUUUGUUUUGAUUUCCUUAGCUUCCUCUUCGAUCUUCCGAUGAUGCGACUACGAAGCUGUGUUGUUAAGUCUCAUCCCCCUGGUUCUUUGAUGAGUUUACCUGUCACGCGUAAGUCAUCUUCAGUUAUGCAACUCACUGAAACUGUGUUGUUAAUGUCACAAUUUAAGUGAACGGUUAACUCAAGUCAAAGACAAUUGAUGAAUUUCACAACACAGCUUCGUGCUUCGAGUUUCCAUAGCAACACAGUAGAACAACAGUUACUGUCCCGAACGAACACCACAUGGUUGGCCUACUUGGAUUCAUAUCAUGCUCCACAUGCCAUAAUGGCUGCGUCCUGACCUAAGAAGAGAUUUUACCAAAACCAAAACCGAUAAGCAACCAGAAAGGAAUAAUUGUUUUCCGCGAAACACCAUGCCUGAUCGUUUCGUUCGAUACAACAAUGAUGUUGUGAUUGAUUUUUGUGUCCAGUAUUAUCAAUAGUCACAUUCCGGACGUUCGUAGCGGAUUGUAUUAAUGUUUAAGACUGUACAUAGCAAAAGCCAGAAUCCCGAUGAACCGAAACAGUGUUGAAAAGGAACUGAUAGAUGGAGUUAUCGUACUAAAAAAAAGCCACAGCAACAGAAACUGCACUUAACGAUGUUUUAUACGAUUGAUGCAGAAAUUAUCACCGCCAUAGCCAAAAGGAAAACAUCACACAACACACACUCCCUUCGUUUGAAUCAAAGUUUGCAUAGCACUCACACCAUUAUGAAAAAUAUAGUUAAACAUAAUCCAAGUUGAGGACGGUACGCAGCGACGAUCCUUCAAAAACCCCUCUGACAAUAGAUGUUUUACAAACACAAACACUAUCUACUCCUCUUUUCCAUUAGCUUCACUAGUAAUCUCUGUAAAAUACAAUGAUCCAGUAUCAAAAAGACACAACGUUUUAAUCGUUCAACAUAAAAAGAGGAAGUAAAACAAAAAAGAAUUGUGCUCUUACAACUACCAACACAAUGAGAAUUAACCCGACACGAGCGCGAACCUAAUUCCUCUUAACUACCACCACGAAGCGCUUUGCCCAGCAGCCAAAACGCGAAAAGUAAUUGUCAAUUUCGAGUUUUCUAAAAACCCCGGAACAGAACAAGACGAGCAAAUGUAAUGGUACUAAACGCAAAAGAAAAAAGAAAUCCAUUUAGCCAAAAACACAGAGCAGAAAAAUGUAAACAAAAAACCGUAAGAAUCGGCGACAACCUUAAGUCAUUGAACCAUAAACGGUGAGGUUAAGUGUUAUCUUUCGUUUUAUGUAGUGUUAACUGACUAGAAAAAUAAAAGUCAAAGUAAGUCCACGUGAUAUAUGAACUACAUUAAUCUGUCACCUGUGUACCCAUUUGCGAGCAGUACUUAAAAUCCACAAUCAAUCCACUAGAAGAGAAAUGAAACCAAAAGUCAAGCAUAGAUAUUAACAAUUGCACAAGAGAUACAUGAAGGGCAAACCGCAAACAUGCAAGAGCUAGAAACAAAAAUAUAAAUAAAAGGCAAAGGCGGGAAAACUCUAAUCAAGCUUCACUGUACGUGUUUGUGAAAAUUCAUCAAAUUAAGUAAUCGACCGACAUCGGAAAUGGGGCAGAAUACCAAAUAUUAAAAACACAUUAAUAACAACAAACCCAACAUAAACACACAUAAACUAACACGUACAUACAGCCAUGCUAAUCUCGACACAAGAUCACAACCACAUACAAACAAAACAAAAACAGAAAAUGACUCCCACACAAACAUACUCUAAAUACCAACAAGAUAGUUACACAAAUACACUGAAGAAGAACGAAACAACAAAACAAGAGAACAAAAAAAAACAAACAAACAAAUGCUCAUACCAUGAGAUGUUAAUUGUUGAGAAGUUAAAUAAAAAUGUAUUGAAAAUCUA